AUGCCAAUUAAUGCGCCGUGUGUGGACAAAAUUAUCGAACAGCUUCUUAAGGUACGGCACUCCAAGGCCUCCACGCCCAGAGUAAAUCUUACAGAGUCCGAAAUAAAGUAUCUGUGCAGCAAGUCCAGAGAAGUGUUUCUGGCGCAGCCAAUGCUUCUAGAAAUGGAAGCGCCCAUUAAAAUAUGCGGAGACAUCCACGGACAGUACUCCGAUCUUUUGCGAAUCUUCGAGUGCGGUGGCCUCCCUCCCGAGAGCAACUAUUUAUUCCUGGGAGACUACGUUGACAGGGGGAGACAGAGCCUCGAGACGAUAUGCCUGCUCCUGGCGUACAAGAUAAAAUAUCCUGAUAACUUCUUCCUACUCCGCGGAAACCACGAGUGUGCUAGCAUCAACAGAAUAUACGGAUUUUACGAAGAGUGCAGAGACAGAUACACCUAUAAGAUAUGGAAAAAAUUUACAGAGACGUUCAACUGCAUGCCUGUAGCUGCGCUAAUAGACGGGAAAAUAUUUUGCAUGCACGGAGGACUAUCCCCAGACCUGCAGUCUUUCAACCAAAUUCGAUCAAUACACCGGCCAACAGACAUCCCAGACAGCGGGCUGCUCUGCGAUCUUCUCUGGAGCGAUCCCGACAGAGAAAUAUACAAGUGGGGAGAGAACGACAGAGGCGUUAGUUUUACGUUUGGGGCUAAGAUUGUGGAAGAGUUCCUGCAAAAGCACGAUUUAGAUCUGAUAUGCAGAGCGCACCAGGUUGUUGAGGACGGGUAUGAAUUCUUUGCAGAAAAACGGCUGGUGACUAUUUUCUCAGCACCUAAUUACUGCGGAGAGUUUGACAACUCGGGCGCGAUUAUGGAGGUAGAUGAAAACCUGGUGUGCAGCUUUCGCAUACUGAAGCCACUUGACAGCUGCUCCUAG